AUGAACGAGCACGAUGACGGCUGCAUGGAUGAGGCGCGCGAGACUGUGAGGAAGAGGUGGCUGUGGCGCAACCAGAAAGCCUUCUCCAGCCCGGUCAAGGGUUUCACAAGACUCUCCACCUUUCUCCACCCUGCGGCCCUCUCCUCGCCACCUUCACCAUCUACACCAUCAUCACCAUCAUCGCCACCGCCACCCAGGUCGCCGCCCCCAUCGGCAGCUGCUCUCCUGGGCGAGGUCGACGAGGAGGAGGAGGAGGCCAGGCUGCAGAGGGCAGUCCUGCGCGAGAGGGAGCGAGCGGCGAGAGAAGAGUGGGAGAAGAAGAUGAAGGGCGAUGAGGGCAACAGGAUGAAGCACCCGAUGGCGAUGCUGCUGCAAAAACGAGAGGCCAGCGCCGACGUCACAUCACCUUCUACUUCGACGGUAUCAUCGACAUCCUCUACGCAGCCAAGAGAAGACAAGAAGACGAAGAAAGGGAAGAAGGAGGAAGAGGCAAAGGAGUCGAGCCUGGGGGACAGCAGGAAGGAGAAGGAGAAGGAGAGGAGGACCAAGGCGGCGCCGACCAAGACGCUCAGCUACAACGUCAACCUGCAUGCCCAGGUGCGGCUACGCAAGGUGCAGUCGUUCGUCUACUCGUCCGACGAGAGGUCGCCCACCUCGACGGGCCUCGUCAGCAAGGAGAAGAGGAAGAGCGCCGCCAAGAAGGAGAAGCAGGAGAAGAAGGAGAGCAAGAAGAAGCAGAAGGAAACGAAGAAGAAGAAGCAGAAACAGAAGAGGGUAGGCAAGUCGAAAGACGACUCGUUCAUCUUGCGACCCACGACGGUGGCAGGAGGGCGUACCACCCGCUCGGCGAGCGAUGCCUCUGCCGUGACCCCUCGCGUCUUGUCGAUGAUCACCAAGCCCCUCGACGAGGACGACAUGGUGGUGGUGCGCGAGGGUAACAACCACCACAACGCCCUCGACUGCACGCAGACGGUGGUCCUCGACGCAGACCUGGCGGCUACAGCUGCUGCGACGGACUUCGAGGAACGAUCGCGCAUGCUGGCGCUCCACCGCGCACAACAGCGGGCCACCUGGGUGCCGCCGCUCGACAUGGCCAAGCUGGCGCCGCCGACCACGACCACAACCAGCAGCCAGGUCCGCUCCCCCUACUCUACGAUCUGGUCCUCUUCGCAGUCGUCUUCGUCUUCGUCGUCUUCGUCCUCUUGCGACAUCUCGCCCUGCACUUCGUAUUCUUCCACGAACUUGUCGAGCCUGAGCGUGCGCAGCGCGCCCACGACGCCCGGAUCGCCGACAUCGUCGGGCUCGUUGUCGGCGGGCUCGAAGAGGAGCGGCGUGAUGGAGUGGCUUCACCUGCGACGUAAGCGAGGCGAGAGUCGGGGCCGGAGCCUGCCCGUCCGCGCCAGUCGUAGCGAGAGCAACAGCAGCAGUAGCAGUGGACUCGACGCUAAUGACGAGGAGGCAGAAGAUGACCAGGAAGCGACCGCGACCGCGACUGCAACCACGACUACGGCGGCCGCGGCCACGACGGCGAUUGCGAUCAAGGCCAAGCUGGCGGGUGGGCUGUCGGGCCGAAGCCGACGGAGACGCGGCGUGAAGGAGGACGAAGAGAGGGUGCUCUUCCCGGGUUCGGCCAUGGCCUUCGUGCGCCGGGAGGCUCGCUACGCCGUGGGCCUUCCUUGA